AUGCAGGAUUGGGCUGAUUCCGAAAUGAGCAAUCUUGUCAAGCUGAAAAUCGACACUUUUCAGUUCCAAGCAUCUUCCACCAUGACAGCGUCUUUUUUCUUGCUGGUACCGGCAUCUCAAUUUGGUCUUACAAGGUUGACAAUGGUCACCCAGUCGACACCGCCUACCGAAUUGUACAGAGCGCUACAGAUCACAGCUGACACAAUUAUCAGAACAGCUUCCAUCUACCAAGGGCUUACAGCGAGAGCAGUCAACCAUGAGGCCUAUCGCUAUCAGCGGACAUUUCGUGGCUGUUUUGGUGUGGCUCCUCAUCUUGCGGCAGAACUGUGGAACAUGCUGGACGAUGAAGAUCCCCUCAGUGACAUUCGAUGGGUAACCUACUUUCUGGCCACACUCAUGUUCCUCAGGACAUACACUGUCACCGCUGUACUGGCCAUGAUCUUCAUGAAGGAUGAAAAGACCAUUCGCCAUUGGGUGUGGGUGUUUAUUGAGAAGAUCGCGAGCUUGGACUUGAUCAGAUGGGAGUACCGACGGAUGAAUGACAAUGGCAGUCGGUGUCUGGUGACUGUUGAUGGCACUGACUUUCGCAUCAGGGAACCAGGUCCUUUCUCAACUGGUUGGUUUACCAAGAAGUUCAAUGGUCCUGGACUGAGGUAUGAAAUUGGUGUUUGUAUUCAGACUGGAUGGAUUGUGUGGAUCAAUGGACCCUUCCCUUGUGGUGAAUGGGUUGAUAUUGCCAUUUCUUUGUCAUCUUUGGUCCACAUGUUUGAGGGAGAUGAGAGAGCUGUGGCUGACAAAGGGUACAGGGGGUAUCCUCAGUACUUUGACUGCCCAUGGCGACACCUUGACAAUCAACAGCAGACUAGCAGGAAGGCUCUUGCAAGGGCCAGGCACGAAUGUGUCAAUAGGAGACUCAAGGAAUGGAGCUGCCUCCUUCAGAGGUGGCGCCAUUCCCUUGAUAAACAUGGUAAGAUGGCCCAUGCUGUGGCCAACAUUGUGCAGCUCCAAAUUAUGGAGCGGCCAAUGUGGCAGGUGGAGUACUAUGAUAGAGUCAACAAUGAGUUUGACUUUGAUUAUUAA